GACGUAGCGACGCACGGCUUGGGCGUUGUACUUCCAUAAUGAGAUACUUUAUAACUGCAGUGCUGCCCUUGACAUCAAUCGAGUCAGAAGAACUUGGAACUGUUGUUGGAUUCGGGGAAACUUGCUUUGCGCGCUUUUCGGCAGAAAACCAUUUUUGUGGAAUUAUAAUCACUCUGCAGUCGUACUGACUCCUUCUGACAAGAUGCUGCUCCUACUACUGGGAAUCGUUAUCCUGCACAUCGCAGCCUUAGUCCUCCUGUUUGUGUCAACAAUUGUCAAUGCCUGGGCAACAGGGUCCGCUAGCAGUUCAGACCUCUGGAAGAACUGCUCUACAACCAAUGGAGGAUACCACUGUGACCCGGCCAACACUGGAGAGUGGAUCCAGGCGGUGCAGGCCCUGAUGAUCCUGUCCAUCAUCUUCAGCUUCAUCUCUCUCUUCCUGUUCUUCUGUCAGCUCUUCACCCUGCAGAAGGGAGGACGUUUCUUCCUCACUGGGGUCUUCCAGAUCCUCGCCAGUCUGUUUGUGAUGAGUGGAGCAGUGAUCUAUACGGUGAUGAGUCCUAAGUGGGUGCCUGAGACUGAGGCCUUCGGCUGGGCCUAUAUCCUGGCCUGGGUGGCCUUCCCUCUGGCCCUGAUCAGCGGACUCAUCUAUGUCAUCUUGAGAAAACGGGAAUGAGACCCCUGUCCCCUAACCUCCACCCCACUCUCAGCAUUAACAAUCCCCCCUCAGGAGAGUAAACUCAGAAGCUUGAGGACUGGUUUAUCUGACUGGGUCCACAGCCUUCUUCACCAAGGUUUGCAUCUACUGAGAGGUAACACCCAAACACAACCAAACAAGAUGACAUGAUGAAACAAUACUGUCAGAAUUUGAAAUGUAUAUAGUAUCUAUGGUUUAAAGCCUAUUUAUAACACUUUUUACAUAUGUGUACAUAGUAUUGUUGUGUUGCUCUGCCGUCAAAGAUAUUCGUACAAGCUUCUUUUUAGCUGAUAAAUAUGUUUCUAAUUAAUGAUGAAAUAAUUAGACACUCUGUUUCUGUAAACCACCAAAAAAUGAAUACAAAUGGUUUUUGAACUAUUUUAACCAAAGUGCAUGUAUAAAAUGGAGAGCUAGAAGGAAUUUGUGUAACUGAGCUUGUUUUACAAAAACAAAAAGUGGCAACAUCCAAAUAAUGGCUUAGAUGUUUUUCAACUUUAUUUCUUAUGUUAUUUUUCUAUCUUUUUUUUUUCAACAAAGAUGGUGCUAUGUAUUUACCAUUCCUAUUACUGAUUUUCAUUUACAGUCAAAUGACUUGACUUAUGAAGUAACUAUAAACGUCAGGGUGAGAAGUAGACUUCAGUGUAAUGUCCAUAUGCCUAACUGCUUCUGUUUAUAGAGAAAUCAUUGAUUUGUCUAAAUAAAGCUUUAGAAAAACAGUCAGCUGUGAUUGUUCAGCUAAAAGGAGCAUUGGAGUUGGGUUGGAGUCGGGGCGAUGGCGCAGUAGUUUUUUGGUUGGAAUGCCAUUUGGAAUGUCAGUAUUAGCACGCCCUGCCAAAGUUCCAUUUGAUUUCCUCUGUUUUAGACAGAGUUCAAGGCUGGAGAACGUGAGAUAAAUGACAGCGUUGAUCUGGGUUGUUGUCUUCUCGCUCUCUCUGUUGUAAGGCCAUGCCAUGUUCAUCUGUUUGUGUUUAUAGCAUAUGUACGACCAGUAAACACGCUAGAAACCAACCUGCCUCUUGGACGGAGUACUGUAACAACUAGUAGGGCAUUGCAGCCAGAUCCAAAUUGAUUUUAAGUUUUUAUAUCUGAUUACAUUAUAGAGAUAUUUCAAAGAAGGUCAAGCAAGCUCCGAGGCAGCCACCUCCAACCUGAUCAAGGCAGAAUAGAGGACAUGAUUUUUAGUAUUAGCCUUGCCAUGUGGGAGAAAAUGGACAGAGGUCGGCAGUUGUGAUACACAUGUUCUGUUUCAUAUUUGAAGUUUGACAAGCUGCAGUUUCUGCCACCCUAAAGUACAUGACUUAUGUUUAUUUUUGAUAUAAUGUUAAUAACAUAUCUAUGACUAUCUAGUAUGUAGACUCAUUAAUAAAACAAACCAAAUUGAAAACAGCUCCUACCUACGGGGAUUUCUAUAUAUUUCACUACUGUAUCACAGCAUAACAAUAACCCAAUUAGAGCUAUAGCCAAGACAUUGCUUAAUGUUGAUGUAUGUAACUAUUUAGCCAUUUACAGAGUUAAUAGCUAUGUUGUUUAAAUGGUCCAAUGUCUGCCUUGAAGAGUAAUGGUAAACUACUGAAGUGAAAAUGUACAGUACAUGAAAGAGUGUAAUGUGGGAUCCCUUACUGUAUUUGGUUGGUCUUAGAUAACUGUGUGCUAUUAAAGAGAAUGCAAAUUCUG